CAAGGAAAAAAGCAACGUCAAACGGAAACUAACACUCGACGCGCGCGGUUGUGUGUCAAUCUCAUCUCCGUCGUCGUACUAGUGCGUCGCGUUGAAUGUGUAGAGGAGAAGAUAUUGUGUUUAAAGUGUGUUUUAUUCCUAAAACUGUGUUUAGUAUUUAAAGUUACGCUGAUUAGGCGCUCGUUCAAUUGUUGGUGUGUGUAUAUUUGUUGCUGUGCUGUACACGCAGCUGUAGUUCAAUUUCGUAAAUAGUGAAGUGAAAAAAGCAACACCCUCGUGUGUGUAUGUGUUGGUGGAAAGUGUUUUGCGCACAUGUGUGAUGCGUGGAGCUGCUCCACUGGCUUACCAAAGGCCUGAUGUGUAUGUGUGUGUGAAUAUAUUUGACGUUCGACCGCUGGGCAGCACGUUUUAGGAGUUGUUUUUACAGUGUUUCCUGGCGCGGCGUUGGAGCAUGGUUUAAGGGUGUCGUCUUCCUCGGUUGAAGAAACCCUUUCAACAUCCCAACAACAGCAGUCCCAGCAGGUCAAAGGCAGCACACCGUUGCGCGAGCCAGGUGCAGCAGUAAUUGAUGUAACGGGAAGAACGCAAAGUGUGCCAAUUCUGGAGUGUGGCUGCUGCUGCUGCUCUCAGCCUGUAUCGUUCUUAAGAACAUCCCGCGCGCAAUCGUUGGAAUGAGUUGAAGAUCUUACACAAUCGAACACGCGUCGGUGUGACGAGAUAUACAGCAUAGGAGCGAUCUUCAAAAGAGAACAAAGAGCAUCUCGCCAGGACGAAGGGGCAAUAGAGUGAGACGUUUGCAUACAUUCGUCGCCAUCGUCAUAGUUAGUGGAAGCGUGAACAAGUGGCUGGAAUUAUUUGUGUGAUCGCACUAAUCUCCAAGUUGUUGGUGUUGGUGCAGUGUGUAAAGCGGCAGCAUUACAGACAGUUGCGAUCGCAGUGGAGUAUUUCUAAUGCUCGAGUGUUCUCACGAGCCACUGCACUGCGAACGAUGCCAAACCGGACCGCCGCCAUACGGGGUUGCUAGUUAUGAAUGAAGUUUGUCCGCUCCCUCUCUAAACAACAGUGUACAGUGAAGCAAGCAAACCUGAUCGCUGUGCACAAGUGCAUUGCUCGAGGGUGACGAAAAGCAAACAAGUGAACGGAUAGUAGAAAGAGAGAGAUCUAAAGCUGCAGUUGUAGCGGAGUAUAACCCGGACUUUGUGUCCACACUGUGUGUGUGCCUUUUCAGAACAGAAUUACAACCAAAUACACACAAUGGCACGAGCACGAAAGAAACUGUGCAUGCAAAUGCACCCAACCACGGCUGUGAGCGGCCUGCUGCUGCUGGCCAUGCUGUUAGCCAUUUGCCACGAUGUCCGAGUGUUAGCCCACACCGAACUCAUCAAGGAUGAUCACCUGGAGGGUCCGAACGUGUGCAAGGAAGUGGAAAACAUAACCGUCACGAUAACGACACCGCGCGAGGAAGCGUACCAGGAGCGGUACCAGAAAUGGUGUCUCGGCAUACCGCCCCGCUGUUCGGCGUACCGCAUCAAGAUCCGGACGGUGAACGAAACGCGCACCGUCAUCAACCAGCGCAUCGUGAAGAAGUGCUGCGUCGGCUACCAGCUGGACGAGGAGCAGCUGCACUGCAUACCGGAGUGUAAGGCGGGCUGCGUGUACGGCACGUGCAUCAACCCGGACGUGUGCCGGUGCAACAAAGGAUAUGCUGGCAAAACGUGUAACAUAAGUUGUCCACCGAACGUUUGGGGCUCGGACUGCAAGCAACCGUGCAAGUGUGCGAACGGGGCAGUAUGCAAUGCGGCCGACGGUAGCUGUGAGUGUAGCCGUGGCUUCAAGGGCCGGUACUGCGAGGAAACGUGCCCGAGCGAUCGGUUCGGGCAGGAUUGUGCCGAGAUCUGCCAGUGCAAGAACGGUGGCAAGUGCGACCACGUGUCCGGGGAGUGCUUCUGUGCGGCAGGAUACACCGGACCGCUCUGCACCGAACCUUGCCCGGCCGGUACGCACGGGGCCCAGUGUCAGUCGAAGUGCCGCUGCCAGAACGGCGGAACGUGCGAUCCAGUGACGGGUGAGUGUGUUUGUCCGGCCGGUUUCACCGGCAUGGUGUGCGCCAACCGCUGUCAGCCCGGCUGGUACGGGCUGCAGUGCGCGAAGCGGUGCGAAUGCUUCAACGGCGCCGAUUGCGACCGGGUGACGGGCCAGUGCAUCUGUGCGCCCGGGUUUAUGGGCGCCAAGUGUCUCGACUCCUGCCCGAACAAUCAGUACGGCAUCAACUGUACCGAGACGUGCCGGUGCCAGAACGAGGGCAUCUGUGAUACGGCCGAUGGGCGCUGCACCUGCCCGGACGGGUGGAAGGGUGCGGAUUGUGGCCAGCGGAUCUGUCCCCAGGGUCGGUACGGGGCGAACUGUACCGGCGUGUGUGACUGCAAAUGGGACAACACGAAAAUGUGUCAUCCAUGGACGGGCAAGUGUCUUUGCGAACCGGGCUGGAGUAACAGUGCCUGCGAUCGGCCUUGCCGCUUCCUGCGCUACGGACAGGACUGUCAGCUGAUGUGCAACUGCAAAAACUCAUCUCCCUGUUCGCAUAUUGACGGCACCUGCCUUUGCAUUGCCGGCUUCAAGGGCGAAAGCUGCGAGGAGCCCUGCUCGAACAACACGUACGGCCAGAACUGUAGCGAGCGGUGCCAGUGCAUGAACGGGGCGGCCUGCGACGGUGAAUCGGGCAAGUGUGCCUGUGCACCGGGCUGGCAGGGCAUCAAGUGCGAUAGGCCGUGCGAUGCGCAGCACUAUGGGCGGGACUGUACCGAGAAGUGCCACUGCCAGAACGGGGGCGUUUGCAAUCCGAUCAACGGUCAGUGCACGUGCCCGGCCGGAUGGACGGGCGAGCUGUGCGACAAGAAGUGUUCACCCGGCCGGUUCGGGCAGAACUGUGAGCAGCUGUGCGAUUGCCAUCUGGAGAACUCGCUGGCCUGCAAUGCCACCACCGGCCGGUGUAUCUGCAAGGCAGACUGGGGUGGCGUUCGCUGUGAGAGUCGCUGUCCGCUCGGAUACUACGGUGAAAGCUGCAGUGAGAUCUGCACCUGCCAUAACAACUCGUCCUGCGAUCCCACGACCGGUGAGUGCAUCUGUUCGCGUGGCUGGACCGGCCCAAGCUGCAACGAGCCCUGCCCGAAAGGGUUCUUCGGCCACGGCUGCAUGGAACGGUGCUCGGGCUCGGCGGAAAGCAAUCGCACCUGCAAUCCCAUCACCGGCCAGUACAGCUGCCCGCCCGGGUACGUUGGACCGACGUGCGAGCAUCCGUGCUCGUCCGGCUACUACGGGCAGGAUUGUCAGAAAAAGUGCCCAGAGUGUCGCAACGGUGCCGAAUGUUCGCACAUCACAGGGGAGUGCCAGUGUACGCCCGGCUGGAAGGGACCGCUGUGCGAGACGGUGUGCGAGGGCAUGUACUACGGCACGAACUGUAGCCAGGUGUGCAACUGUAAGAAUAAUGCAAAGUGUCGGAAGAACGAUGGCACCUGUAUUUGUGACGCCGGGUGGAUGGGACACCGGUGUGAUGAGGUUUGUCCGGAAGGGUUCUACGGAAACCAUUGCAUGGAGGCGUGCGAGUGUCCGGCCGGCAACUUUUUGUGCCACGCGGCAAAGGGAUGCGUGUGCAGCGUGGGCUGGACGGGCAAGAACUGUGACGAGCGUAUGACGAACAUGCUGACGCAGGAUCGGGUCGAUGAAGGUUCCUCCAGCUCCACCGUAUGGAUGGUGGUGCUGUUGCUGAUGUUUGGCGCGAUGCUUACCGCAAUGCUGCUGUACUACCGGCGCCGUGUCGCCAGCCUAAAGGCGGAAGUCAAUCACGUCGUCAACUACAUGACCCAGGAGCAGCCGAGCCAUUUCGACAAUCCCGUCUACGCACGAACCGGCGGUGGUGGUGCUCCAAACGGUGGCAGCAUCGCCAGCGGCACACUUUCCUCCAACGGAACGAUCGUACCGCCGCUCGAUGCACGCACCGGCCUGUUGCGCAAUGUGCUGCCGAACAAUUUGCGCGAUGUCAUGUCGGGGCGGCGUAAGCAAAAUCAGGACAAGUACAGCUACCCGGACAAUGAGUACGAUGUGGACAAAUCGCUUUCCUUCUCGCACUAUCGGCCGGAAAGUUUGAAAAACUUUGAAGCGGACAUGACCAAUCCAAACUUUAAGGAUCACGUGUACGAUGAGAUUCGACUGAAGGAUUCUAUCGCCGCUUUAUCGCGGGAUCCGAAUUACGCCUACAUUUACACCGAGUACGACCACCUGGACUACUCUCGCCCGGGAAGCUCCCACAAAGCGCACUACUUCCGCAUGAACGAUGGCGCCUCGAAUGGAAAUGUCACAGCAAACGGUGGUGGCACCCUUACCGGAUCGAUCGCAUCGUCCAACGCGUACGGCAACGGGUCACCGAAAGCGAUCAACGUGCUGCGUGACACUGCUUCCGCCGGUCCCAUCAACAACCUGUCCGCACCGCCCACCGCCAGCCGGGUGAACAAUCUCCUGCCCGCCAUCCCGUCCGUACCGGCGGAGGCGAAGUGUAGCAACACCGACAGCGCCAGCCUCGGUAACGAUCUUUCCUCGUCCUCGAACUCCUCAUCCCCAACGCCACCAUCAUCACCCUCCCAGCAGCGUCAGCGGCUCGUACCGGGCGGGGACGAUCUGUACGUGCCGAUGUCGGCCGGUGUUGCAGCCGCCACCAGCGCCGAGCACGGUUCGUCCGCAUCGUCCUCCGGGUCCGAGUUUGGCGGGCUAAAGAUCCCCGACCAUCAGCUCAACAUCAAGGAGUAAAUCCGUGCCCACGCGGGCAAUCCUUUUUCGUUUUCUCAUCGAAAAGUCCACAGCAAUUGGUUGGGAUUUUCGUGUUUCGUGGCAAUUUGCAUUUGUGUGUGAUAUAGUACCCGCGUCCCCGGAUCCUUUCCCCCUUUUGAGUGUUCCUUUGCGUUUGCAUCUCGAUGAUCAUUACGAUCAUCACCCGUCUUCUUUCAUCAUCCCCCCCCCCCCCCGUCCCUCUCAUUUGUACACAUGUAAGGCAAUCAUCCCCCAAGCGUGAUUAGGAGUUGUGUGUGUGUGAGUGUUUGUUUUAGUUUUUCAUUCCGCCGUUCGCUUCCGUUCCGUUUUUUUCUUUUCUUUUCUUUUUUUAGGUGUUUAAUUUUUAGGUUACGCAUGCAAGCAGCAGCGCGCCCCUCUAUUUGCCUCUGCCUAUUACUUCCUCUUCCACAUAUAUGUGUAUGUAUGUGACUGUAUAUGUGUGUGUGUUUGUAUGUAUGCGUGUGUGUGUGUCUGCGUGAUAGUAUAAUGAUCGUGAUAAAAGUGAAAACACGUGGAGCAGAAGCGUCUACUAACAACGAUAAAACGGAACACAUAGGCAUAUUACACAUCAAAACCGUGCGCGUGCCAAAAUAUUGUAAAAGGAAGAGAGAAAGAGAGCGAGAGAGGAAGGAAGAAAGUAUGAGUCACAAUACAGUAAGGUUGUAUACUAUUUUUUAAGCAGCAUUAUUGAAUCUCAUCACGCCUGAUGUUGUUUGGUGUGUGUCGCCAAUAGAAAAUGCCUCGUGUGGCAGACAACGACUCCCCAGAACUGAUUUUCAGCUUAUUUGGCUUGUUUUCUAUUUUUCCCAAUUAUUCCCACAACGAUCGUGUGCGGAGGAGGGUACACGCAUUAUUUUCCUUACUUCUUUUACACACACUACUAUUGUACGACGAUGAAGCCAAGUUGUAUACAUUUUAGAAGCGAUUUUAUAAGUUUUUCGUUACCCCCGCAGCACAGGAUCGUACCGAUUCUGUUUAAAGAAGGAACACGGAUUUCAAGGCGUUUGUACGUGAAGAUUACAGUAUAGAGGGUGAUUGUAGUUUCCUGUGGGGACACGCCACCCCACUACUGGGGGGAGCAGGAGCAAUUGAAAGUCAAAGACGAUUCAUAGUUAAUAAAGUGCAUUUGCAAGCCAAUUCGGGGAAAAAAGCAAGUGAAAAGUAGGGGCAAAAUUUCUCCUCUCCCACGUUAUCAAUAAGCAAUACAAAUAAGCGUAAGCAAUUCGUUACAAAAACAAAAAAAGAUUCGUUAAAUUCGUGUGUUUUCUAAAAGAAAAAUAUAAAAAAGUGCAAAGAUAAAACUAUUUUUGGAAAGUAAAGAACAGAAUAGAGUCUAAUCGAGUAAAAUAAUAAGUGGAGGAGUGUUUGAGGGAACCUGGCAGAAGAAGAGAGAUCCAAAAUGGAGGGAAGCGUUCCUUUUGCCCUCCCCGAUGAUUCCUUCAUCGUUCGAAAAUCGUGUUAAAAUAUGAUAGGAAGUUUAAUAGAGAGUUGUAAGAUUAUCUUUAACAUGUGAGGCACGUGUAGCAAAAAAGAAAAAAAAACAGCAAUCCUGAAGAAGUAUUGAACUGAAAUUGGAUUGAACAUUAUUAUAAUGAUGAAAUAAACGAAAUUAGAUGAAUUACACACUAUUUACUUCAAAA